UUCCCUUCCCCGCGCGAACACACUAGCCACAAGUGCCUUUUAAUUCACUUUUACGUCGUCGGUGCAAGUGUCAUACGGAUUAGCCGGAGUGUUGCGGGAGAACGUGUCUUUCGCCAGUACAUCGAGCUUUACAUUAACGAUCGGGAACACAGCAACCCGGGAUCGGACAUCAGUCGAGAAACUGUCACGCACCAACUGUUGACGGAAAUUCGUGAAAAAACACGAGAUUUUCACUAUCAAAGCACUAUACGACGAGGAGCAAGAGCAUGCGGCUCGAGUACGUUUUUCUCCAUCGUACUACCAACAGAGGGCACACACACAUUACUACGCAGAACUCCAAUACGCACGCACACUCACACACUUUCUAGCCACGGCAAUAUUGGCCAACUCUAGCUCAAUGCGAUCGAAGGAAAAGGCACCAAUUUAAUGCCCUUGUGAAACGCGCUAGUUAGAAUGAGACACAAACAAGACGACACGGAAAGGGAAUACAAGUGGAACACACCGGGAGCACAGAAGCAGCACGACAGACUGCACACACACACACACGCAUGCAUGUGUAUACGCGCGCACGAGUGGUGGCACUUGGUUAGUCGAAGUGGUUAGACGAGGGAGUUUGGAAACGCUUUUUCGUAGACAAAAUUCAGUUUUCCGUGGAAAACUUGAUAUCCAGCAGCAAGCAGGGAUAGUCCGUUACACUUUUCACAUCCUUCCAGGGAAGUGUAGAAAAUCACGUUCUGGUAAAUUAGCCGUUUUAUUCGUGCUCGUUUACACUGCGGCGAAAUCGUCUGCUUUGGAUCGCAACCCGUUCCGUUUUGGGUGGGGGAAUCAUUUCGUUCCUAUCUGUCUUUGAAAGGUAUCUGGUGGAGUGGUAAUUCCAAAGACUGUCUGACGAUAUAAAUAUUUUAAUGUAGCAAAUAAUUAUAACCAUUAAAACCUCUAGAUUACAAUAACUGGUGCUUAGUUUUUACUCCACUUAUAACGAGGUCUGUAUGGGCAUUUUGUUGAGUUGUUUACUGUCACCAUCAGAGACCACGGGCUGAUGUCGACAAUUUUGUCACGGCGAAAAAAGCCCAACUGUCACGUUGAGCGAACUCUGAGGCGAAAAACAAUUAUCUCUUGGAAACGUCAACCAGGAUGCAGUCGAACACUGUCGUAAAAAAAUAGAACAAAAUUGCAUACAACGCGAUCGUGUGGAAUCUUAUCGCAUAUUUUUCAGCCAAAUUCCGCAGCAACGGAGCCAGCUCAUCCGAGCUCGAAGACACAGAUCGUCAUGAUUAAAGCGAUACUAGUGUUUAACAACCAUGGCAAACCGAGAUUGUCCAAGUUCUACCAGUAUUUUAACGAAGACAUGCAGCAGCAGAUUAUAAAGGAAACAUUCCAGCUAGUCUCGAAGCGGGACGACAAUGUGUGCAAUUUCCUCGAAGGUGGCAGCCUGAUCGGUGGUUCAGACUACAAACUUAUCUACCGACACUAUGCGACGCUGUACUUUGUGUUUUGCGUCGAUUCUUCGGAAAGCGAGCUAGGCAUCCUUGAUCUGAUACAGGUGUUUGUGGAAACGUUGGACAAAUGUUUCGAAAAUGUGUGCGAACUUGAUCUGAUCUUCCACGCCGAUGCCGUACACCACAUUCUCUCCGAACUCGUCAUGGGUGGCAUGGUGCUGCAGACGAACAUGUCCGACAUUCUGGCCCGUAUCGAGGAGCAGAACAAACUGCAGAAACAGGAGGCUGGAAUCUCCGCGGCUCCGGCGCGGGCCGUUAGUGCGGUGAAAAGCAUGAACCUGCCGCAACAGAUCAAGGACAUCAAGCUGCCGGAUUUGCCGCAGGCGAUAAAAGAUUUGAAGUUCUGACCAAACCACAAUUUCGAUGCAUCGCUACUCACGAAAAUUUCCGCCGAUUCGUCGUACAUUCCCAUCAACAGCAGCCUGGAGGGCUUCAGUUUCGAGUGCUAUCAGUCCGAGUACGUUGGUGCGGUUUCGACCGCCAAGGAUCUGGAUGGCGAGUCGUCGCCGAGGAGAAGUUUGCGGGUCGCGUCCACGUCCGGAACUACACUUCCGCAACGCAGCAAACCAAAAUCGUCCAAGAAAUCGUCAUCGAAUGCCUCCAGCGCCACGCUUCUUUCAACGAACACUGAGCGCGACGCAGGCUUCUAGUACUGGGUAUAUCGGUACAGCGAUUAGCAAACGGAUGCAAGCGAAUGAAGGCGUAUGAAUUUUCGUUUCUUUGGUGCUCUUUACUAUUCAUCGUACUCCUUCGCUUUUUUAUUUCGUGUUCGUGUGCCGCGUGAUUGAUGCCGGAUGUACGCGGAUACAACCUGUUAACAGGUACUCGGAAUGUACUUUCAUUAAUCAACUGAAUGCAAGACUUUAGUUCAAGAGUUCAGUUAUUUAUACUUCAGUUAUAUACAAGAAAGAGAUUUAUCGAAAUGCAACGUUAUAUAAGCAACAAAUGGAACAUAAACAACAUAAUUUCU